AACACAGAUCAGACCGUUACCCUGUUACGACCACCUCUACCACCAAUGCACUAAUGAGACAAUUUUGGAAGCUGCUCCAUUUCACAGCCAUGACUGCCCUGGUGCUUGCCAUAUUGUUCGUGUCACUUACUACAGCAGUAUCUGUGCCUUCAGAUCAAAUAUUUCAGUAUAUUGAAGAACAUCAAAAUGAAUACGUGCAGAGACUCAAAGAUUGGGUGGCCAUAGAAAGUGAUUCCAAUGACCCUGCAAAGAGACAUCUGGUUAUAAACAUGAUGCUUUUGGCAGAAGAGAGGAUAAGAAAGUUAGGUGGAACAGUUGAGAUGGUAGAUCUGGACAUGCAAGAGCUACCCAAUGGAAACAAAAUCUCUUUGCCACCAGUUAUUCUGGCAAACAUUGUAAAAGAUCCAAAAAAGCCUACCGUUUGUUUUUAUGGGCAUAUGGAUGUGCAGCCGGCAAAAAUUGAGGAUGGAUGGUCAACAGAGCCUUACAUAUUGACAGAGAAAAAUGGCAAUCUCUACGGACGAGGUGCAUCUGAUGACAAAGGACAAGUUCUGGCUGUGCUGAAUGCAAUUGAAGCACUUCAAAAACAUGAACUUCCUGUUAAUGUAAAGAUUCUGCUUGAAGGUAUGGAAGAAGUAGGGUCCAUUGGGCUAAAUACACUAGUUGAACAGAGAAAUAGUACAUUUUUUUCUGACGUUGAUUACAUUGUGGUCACUGACUCCGCAUGGCUCAGCAACAAACCUGGUAUUACAUAUGGGACCAGAGGAAACUGCUACUUCUUUGUUGAGGUAGAAUGUGCUAAACGAGACUUACACUCAGGGGGCUUUGGAGGAAUAUUACAUGAAGCAAUGAAUGACUUAAUAUUUCUGUUAAACACCCUGGUAGAUUCCUCUGGUCAUAUCCUGAUCCCUGGAAUUUAUGAAGCAGUAGCUCCUCUCACUGAAAACGAAAAGAAACUCUAUGAAGGAAUUGAAUAUGACCUGGACCAGAUUAUGGCCAAAUAUGGAAUAGAAGAGUUUCGUAACAAAACUAAGGAAGAAUUAUUAAUUCAAAGAUCACGCUAUCCAUCUCUUUCCAUCCAUGGAAUAGAAGGAGCUUUUUCUGCACCUGGAACUAGGACUGUAAUCCCUGCAAAAGUAACUGGAAAGUUUUCAAUACGUCUGGUGCCGAACAUGGAGCCUUCUGUAGUAGAGAAACAGGUGACUGACUAUUUGAACAAGAAAUUUACUGAACUGAACAGUCCUAACAGCAUUAAAGUGACCAGUAACAUAGGAUCAAAGCCCUGGCUAUCUGACAUAAAUGAACCUCAGUAUUUGGCUGCAAGGAAAGCAAUUAAAAGAGUGUUUGGAAAAGAGGCUGACAUGAUCCGUGCAGGUGGAACAAUUCCAAUUGCCACACAUUUUCAGGAGGUGACUAGAAAGAGUAUAAUGUUACUGGGAAUAGGAGGACCUGAUGAUGCUCCACAUGGGCAAAAUGAAAAGAUCAGCAGGUAUUUUUUACUCAUUUUCUUAAAAAGUUUUAAAGUGCUAAUAUAAUUUCAGAAGAAAAAAUAUACAAUACUGUGACAAAUAAAAAAACCCCACCUUGAAUUUACAUCACUUUUUCAAAUGGACAUGUAGAACUCCCAGAUGUAAUUUUGAAAAAGUGGUGUAAAUGCAGGCUCCUCACCUCAAAUGCUGCUAUUUUCCCUUCUCAAAAAACUGUAGUCAAAUAAUGCACUACAACAUAUUUGGAAUUUUAGGAAUUAGUCAUUUGAAAACAUCCAAGUUGAAGAGCUCCUUUAAAGUAAUCAAGUUGGUUAAAAUGUGUGUGCCUUCACCAGGAUGCUUUCUUUCCUACUUUUCUAUGUCCUUGAUUCACU